GCUCGCUAGUAGGAAGCUCCAGCGCUGCACCGGCGGCGGCGGCGGCGGCGGCACCUCGGGGCAGCAGAUCCCCAGCCACGACCUCGGGCCUCUCCCCUCCCCCCGCCAGACCCCGGCCCAGCUCCGCCCCGCCCGGGGCCGCUCGCGUUCCGCGGUCCGGACUGCGCCAAGCGGGGCGCCGCGGCCGGAGCGCCCCUCCACACGCCCUCCCCCAGCCGCCGGCUCCACCGCGGGGCCAGGCCGGGCCGGGAACGCAGCCCCGGCGGGCGGGCGGCGGAGGGCAGCCGGGGGCGGCGCCGGCGGGCCCGGGAGGGGCGGGGGGCCCGGCCCGGGGCGGGGGUGCGGGAUGCCGCCGCCGCCGGACUGCCCAGGCUCUCCGCGGCGGGUCCCUGUGUCGGGUGGGUGGCCGGGCGCGGGCCUCGCCCCCCAGCCCCCUCUCCGGGGCUAGCCCGGCCGCGCGGCGCCCCGAGGGGGCCGGGCCGUGUGGUGGGACCGCGGCCCUGCUCCGCGCGGCGAGCUCGCCGUCUCGCGGCUCCUGGGCCCGGCCGCCGCCGCCCCCUCCCCGCCCCGAGGUGCCCGGGGGCACCAUGCAGGCGCAGCCGCUGCCCUACGAGUUCUUCAGCGACGAGAACGCGCCCAAGUGGCGGGGGCUGCUGGUGCCCGCGCUGAAAAAGGUCCAGGGACAAGUUCAUCCAACUCUUGAGUCUAGUGACGAUGCUCUUCAGUAUGUUGAAGAAUUAAUCUUGCAAUUAUUAAAUAUGCUAUGCCAGGCUCAGCCCCGAAGUGUUUCAGAUGUAGAGGAACGUGUUCAAAAAAGUUUUCCUCAUCCAAUUGAUAAGUGGGCAAUAGCCGAUGCCCAGUCAGCUAUUGAGAAAAGGAAGCGAAGAAACCCUUUAUCUCUCCCAGUAGAAAAAAUUCAUCCUUUAUUAAAGGAGGUCCUAGGUUAUAAAAUUGACCACCAGGUUUCUGUUUACAUAGUAGCAGUAUUAGAAUACAUUUCUGCAGACAUUUUAAAGCUGGUGGGGAAUUAUGUACGAAAUAUACAGCAUUAUGAAAUUACAAAACAAGAUAUAAAAGUAGCAAUGUGUGCUGAUAAGGUGUUGAUGGAUAUGUUUCAUCAAGAUGUGGAAGAUAUAAAUAUAUUAUCUUUAACUGAUGAAGAACCUUCCACCUCAGGGGAGCAGACUUACUAUGAUUUGGUAAAGGCAUUUAUGGCAGAAAUUCGGCAAUACAUAAGGGAACUGAACUUAAUUAUAAAAGUUUUUAGAGAGCCCUUUGUCUCCAAUUCAAAAUUGUUUUCAGCUAAUGAUGUAGAAAAUAUAUUUAGUCGUAUAGUAGAUAUACAUGAACUUAGUGUAAAGUUACUGGGCCUUAUAGAAGAUACUGUAGAAAUGACGGAUGAAGGUAGUCCCCAUCCACUAGUAGGAAGCUGUUUUGAAGACUUAGCAGAGGAACUGGCAUUUGAUCCAUAUGAAUCAUAUGCUCGAGAUAUUUUACGACCUGGUUUUCAUGAUCGUUUCCUUAGUCAGUUAUCAAAGCCUGGAGCGGCACUUUAUUUACAGUCAAUAGGCGAAGGUUUUAAAGAAGCUGUUCAGUAUGUUCUACCCAGACUGCUUCUAGCCCCUGUUUACCACUGUCUACAUUAUUUUGAACUUUUAAAGCAAUUAGAAGAAAAGAGUGAAGAUCAAGAAGACAAGGAAUGUUUGAAACAAGCAAUAACAGCUUUACUUAAUGUUCAGAGUGGGAUGGAAAAAAUAUGUUCUAAAAGUCUUGCAAAACGAAGACUUAGUGAAUCUGCAUGUCGGUUUUAUAGUCAGCAAAUGAAGGGGAAACAACUAGCAAUCAAGAAAAUGAAUGAGAUUCAGAAGAAUAUUGAUGGUUGGGAGGGAAAAGACAUUGGACAGUGUUGCAAUGAGUUUAUAAUGGAAGGAACUCUUACACGUGUAGGAGCCAAACAUGAGAGACACAUAUUUCUCUUUGAUGGCUUAAUGAUUUGCUGUAAAUCAAAUCAUGGGCAGCCAAGACUUCCUGGUGCUAGCAAUGCAGAAUAUCGUCUUAAAGAAAAGUUUUUUAUGAGAAAGGUACAAAUUAAUGACAAAGAUGACACCAAUGAGUACAAGCAUGCUUUUGAAAUAAUUUUAAAAGAUGAAAAUAGUGUUAUAUUUUCUGCCAAGUCAGCUGAAGAGAAAAACAAUUGGAUGGCAGCAUUGAUAUCUUUACAGUACCGGAGCACACUGGAAAGGAUGCUUGAUGUGACAAUGCUACAGGAAGAGAAGGAGGAGCAGAUGAGGCUCCCUAGUGCUGACGUUUAUAGAUUUGCAGAACCUGACUCUGAAGAGAAUAUAAUAUUUGAAGAAAACAUGCAGCCCAAGGCUGGAAUUCCAAUUAUCAAAGCAGGAACUGUUAUUAAACUUAUAGAGAGGCUCACAUACCAUAUGUACGCAGAUCCCAAUUUUGUUCGGACAUUUCUUACAACAUACAGAUCCUUUUGUAAACCUCAAGAACUACUGAGUCUUAUAAUAGAAAGGUUUGAAAUUCCAGAGCCUGAGCCAACAGAAGCUGAUCGCAUAGCUAUAGAGAAUGGAGAUCAACCCCUGAGUGCAGAACUAAAAAGGUUUAGAAAAGAAUAUAUACAGCCUGUACAACUGCGAGUAUUAAAUGUAUGUCGGCACUGGGUAGAGCACCACUUCUAUGACUUUGAAAGAGAUGCACAUCUUUUGCAGCGAAUGGAGGAAUUUAUUGGAACAGUAAGAGGUAAAGCAAUGAAAAAAUGGGUUGAAUCCAUCACUAAAAUAAUCCAAAGGAAAAAAAUUGCAAGAGACAAUGGACCAGGUCAUAAUAUUACAUUUCAGAGUUCACCUCCCACAGUUGAGUGGCAUAUAAGCCGACCUGGGCACAUAGAGACUUUUGACCUGCUCACCUUACACCCAAUAGAAAUUGCUCGGCAACUCACUUUACUUGAAUCAGAUCUAUAUCGAGCUGUACAGCCAUCAGAAUUAGUUGGAAGUGUGUGGACAAAAGAAGACAAAGAAAUUAAUUCUCCUAAUCUUCUGAAAAUGAUCCGGCACACCACUAAUCUCACUCUGUGGUUUGAGAAAUGUAUUGUAGAAACUGAAAACUUAGAAGAAAGAGUAGCUGUGGUGAGUCGAAUAAUUGAGAUUCUGCAAGUCUUUCAAGAGCUGAACAACUUCAAUGGUGUCCUUGAGGUUGUCAGUGCUAUGAACUCAUCACCUGUUUACAGGCUAGACCACACAUUUGAGCAAAUACCAAGUCGCCAAAAGAAAAUUUUAGAAGAAGCUCAUGAAUUAAGUGAAGAUCAUUAUAAGAAAUAUUUGGCAAAACUCAGGUCUAUUAAUCCACCAUGUGUGCCUUUCUUUGGAAUUUAUCUAACUAAUAUCUUGAAAACAGAAGAAGGCAACCCUGAGGUCCUAAAAAGGCAUGGAAAAGAGCUUAUAAACUUCAGCAAAAGGAGGAAAGUAGCAGAAAUAACGGGAGAGAUCCAGCAGUACCAAAAUCAGCCUUAUUGUUUACGAGUAGAAUCAGAUAUCAAAAGGUUCUUUGAAAACUUGAAUCCAAUGGGAAAUAGUAUGGAAAAAGAAUUUACAGAUUAUCUUUUCAACAAAUCCCUAGAAAUAGAACCACGAAACCCUAAGCCUCUCCCAAGAUUUCCAAAAAAAUAUAACUAUCCCCUAAAAUCUCCUGGUGUUCGUCCAUCAAACCCAAGACCAGGUACCAUGAGACAUCCCACACCUCUGCAGCAGGAGCCAAGAAAAAUUAGUUAUAGUAGGAUCCCUGAAAGUGAAACAGAAAGUACAGCAUCUGCACCAAAUUCUCCAAGAACACCGUUAACACCUCCUCCUGCUUCUGGUGCCUCUAGUACCACAGAUGUUUGCAGCGUAUUUGAUUCUGAUCAUUCAAGCCCUUUUCACUCAAGCAGCGAUACCGUCUUUAUCCAAGUUACACUGUCCCAUGGCCCAAGAUCUGCUUCAGUAUCGUCUAUAAGCUUAACCAAGGGCACUGAUGAAGUGCCUGUCCCCCCUCCUGUUCCUCCAAGAAGACGACCAGAGUCAGCCCCUGUGGAAUCUUCGCCAUCUAAGAUUAUGUCUAAGCAUUUGGACAGCCCCCCAGCAAUUCCUCCUAGGCAGCCCACAUCAAAAGCCUAUUCACCACGAUACUCAAUAUCAGACCGGACCUCCAUAUCAGAUGCUCCUGAAAGCCCUCCCUUAUUACCACCACGAGAACCUGUGAGGACACCUGAUGUUUUCUCAAGCUCACCACUACAUCUCCAACCUCCCCCUUUGGGCAAAAAAAGUGAUCACAGCAAUGCCUUCUUUCCAAACAGCCCUUCCCCCUUUACACCACCUCCUCCUCAAACACCUUCUCCUCAUGGCACGAGGAGACAUCUGCCAUCACCACCAUUGACACAAGAAGUGGACCUUCAUUCCAUUGCUGGGCCACCUGUUCCUCCACGGCAAAGCACUUCUCAACAUAUCCCUAAACUCCCUCCAAAAACUUACAAAAGGGAGCACACACACCCAUCCAUGCACAGAGAUGGACCACCGCUGUUGGAGAACGCCCAUUCUUCCUGAGUUCCUCUGUACUGGAUGUACAUUUCCCUGUCCCCAAAUCCAUUGCUGGCAAUGGAUGCACUGAAUGUGCCAGCACUGAGGAGUUAAAAUGAGAACUCCAAACACUAACGACUCUACUUCAAGAUGCAGUAUAAGACAAUGAAUUUUAACCUAGACGAACAUGGAAAGACUGAUCUAGAGGAAUUGGACAACUGUUUGCACCUGAUACCCAAUUAAAGGGACUUUUUCCAGCCAAUGGGUUGGAGCCCUGUUUUUGUGAAGUGAUCUUUAUCAUUAAAGGGAUGGAAAAACACAAUCUUGUGUCCAACAGGCCCACAUUAUAACAGUUUUUAUAAUUCAAAAUAUGCACUUUUUAAAAAAAAUUUUAACAGGGAUCUUCAUAUAACCCUUUGUUUUCUUUUGCUUUUACUUGUCCGACUUUAAAAUAUUUAAAAUCAUUCAAAGGACUGUGAGGAAAGGCUGUGGUGCCUGACCUUGUUGGAAUCAAGGCCCAGCAUGUGCUACAGUCCUGUUUACAGAUCAUUACAGUGAAUGAAUUGAAUGGGUACCAAGGCUUCACCAAAGAGGUACUUUUUUUUUUUUCUUUUUUUAAGAAUAAUUAUACCAAUUUUAAGAGUCUAUCCCACCCAUCCUCCCAAUACAAACAAAACGUGGUGGUGUUGCCUUCAAACGAGAAUUUUUGUGUCAUUAACAUGACAGAAGAACUUACUAAAAAAUUGUAACUGUCAAGUAUAUAAUUUACAUUUAGGAGACUGUUAAUCUAUGCUAGGUUGUCAUUUUCCCCCUUUCUCCCACAAAAGUUUACUGGUAAUCCACGUCAUGGCUCGUAGCUGUCCCUCUAACCGUACUGUGGAUGCAGUCACCCAGCGGGAAAAGAAGCACUUAGUACUUGCUGGGCGUCGCUGACACCAUUCAUGUUUUACUAAUAGUUGAGUAAUCAGCAUAUCUAGAAUUACCUUGCAUUGCCUAAAUCAUGUGUAUAUAGUGAAUGUUAUAUAAUAAACUUGGCAGGUCUGUUUUAAUUUAAUUGAAUAAAGAUACAAAUACCUUGUUGACUGGCAUAUAUUAAAUUAUUAUAUGGAUAAAA